GAGAGUACAAAACAACAAAAAAAACAGACAACGCCUGCUGCCGGUCACAGCACAGAACAAUUAGGAUCCGCUCAUGAACGAACGCUGCUGAAAAGCUCCUCUCUUCACUGUGGGAUUGUUUCUGAGGGACAGUUGUCCGACCUGACAGGGCAGAAUGUCACGCCGGGACCAGAGGUUUCGGAGAGGAAUGAAAGGACGGUGUUGUGAAUGUGGCUGCAUCUUGUCUCACUGGUACUAUGAGAACGAGGGACAGCUCUACUGCAAGAAGCACUACUGGGCCCGCUAUGGAGAGCACUGCCACGGCUGCAGAGACACCAUCGCAACAGGACUCAUCAUGGUGGCUGGAGAGCAGAAGUACCACCCUGAAUGCUUCACAUGUAUAAGCUGUGAAAUGUUCAUUGGAGAUGGAGACACCUACACACUCGUCGAACGCACAAAACUCUACUGUGGCCAUUGCUUCUGUCCAGGUGAAGUAUCCGCUGCGAGGUCAGCCUCUUCCCUCACCAAACGUCCACACACGGUGGCGCUGGUGUCUCUCCCUCCCCAUGCAGGACGAGGCCUGUCUGUAGCCACUGACCUCAGCCAGGAGAAAGGCCCUCUUGUCACCGUGACAGGGUUAGACUCCUCCACCCUCAGCCCUGAGCUGCUGUCCUCCAUCCACAUGGGGGACCGGGUUCUGGAGGUAAACGGCAUCCCCGUCCUCAACAUUUCCCCAGACGAGAUAAACUGUGUGAUCCAGGACACAAACAGACCGCUGCAGCUGACCAUUGAACACAACCCACAGUCUCCUGAUGACCCUACUCUCUCAAACGAUCCCCCGGACAACAUCAGCUGUCCUGAACCGUGUGUCUGUGAAAAACUUUCUUCAACCCAUAAACUCCCAAGUCUAGAGGAAGAGCCGAGUCCAGGGGGGGAGACAGAUGAACCAAUCAGGGUGAGCCUCUCACCGCCUCAGCACCAAGGAAUGAGAUCUAGACACAUUCUGCGCAGCUGUAGUAUAGAUAAGUGUCCUCUGUCCCCUGGAGGUCUGUCACUUUUAUCUCAUAGAAGAGAAAUGGUUCGCUCCGAGUCUCUUCGUGCGGACCCUGGAGAUCGGACUCAUCGCAUCUUCCGACCUUCAGACCUCAUCCAUGGAGAAGUGCUUGGCAAGGGCUUCUUUGGACAGGCUGUCAAGGUAACACAUCAGGAGACAGGGGAGGUGAUGGUGAUGAAAGAGUUGAUACGGUUUGAUGAGGAGACGCAGAAGACUUUCUUGAAGGAAGUGAAGGUGAUGCGCUGUAUGGACCAUCCCAAUGUCCUAAAGUUCAUUGGACUGUUUUAUAAAGACAAACGGAUAAACUUUGUCUCUGAAUACAUCCAGGGAGGAACUCUCAGAGAGACCAUCAUUAAAAUGGACAAAGAUUUCCCCUGGAGUGUCAGAGUGGGUUAUGCUAAAGACAUUGCAGCUGGAAUGGCUUAUCUACACUCCAUGAAUGUUAUUCACCGAGAUCUUAACUCACACAACUGCCUGGUCAGAGAGAACCAGUCUGUGGUGGUGGCAGACUUUGGACUAGCCAGGCUGGUGAGGGAGGAGAGAAAUCAGAGCAAAACCUCUUCUCUGGAAAGGCCUCCUAAGGGAACACUGUCAGAUCUCCGCAGGCCUGACCGGAGGAAGCGCUACACCGUGGUGGGAAACCCCUAUUGGAUGGCCCCUGAGAUGAUUAGUGGAAAAACCUAUGAUGAACGGGUGGACAUCUUUUCCUUUGGUAUCAUGAUAUGUGAGAUAAUAGGUAGAGUGAACGCUGACCCCGACUACCUUCCCCGGUCAAAUGACUUUGGGCUAAAUGUGUCCGGCUUCCUGCAGCAGUACCACCCUCCUCAGUGCCCCCCCGCCUUCAUGCCGCUGGGUGUACUUUGCUGUGACAUGGACGCUGAAAAACGUCCUUCCUUUUCAAAGCUGGAGGAGUGGCUGGAGAACCUGCUGAUGCACCUGGACAUCGGGCUGCCUCAGCUCUCUGUGUUAGAGCAGCUCAGCAGAGGCUUCUGGAUGAACCACAACCACCAAAACCAAACUCAGAACCAGGAUAAAUCCCCUGAUUCUCAUGAACAAACCCAGUGCUCACAGACACAAAGACACAGCCCUGACGCCAAGUUACAUUCAGACAAUGCAAAUAACCACACAGAGCCUAAUCAACUCACCGAGAGCCAAAAUCAAAAUAGCACACCUGAGAGACAUUCGGAUGAAGAGCAUGACAACGAUGAGAUGAGACCAGAGGAUAACCACUCCUGUUUGAGCAGACAAUGUAAGGAUCAAUCACAAGAGAAGAGCAAGACGUGUUGCAGGUCGACGAGCGUAGACUCAGGCGAAAAUGGGUCUAAAUCCUCUGAACGGAAUAACCCCUUAGGACAACCAGAAGUCCAGGAGGAGCCCUCACAACAGCUGCAGGUCAACACUUCGCUAGGACGCUCUAACAGGCAGAGAAGGACAUGCAGAGUGCUGUGGGACAGAUCUGAAGAGGACAGCUCUUUUCUCUGACUGCUUUUUUUGAUGGCCAAGACGAAGCACAGUUUUCAGUUAUUAAAUAGUUAUACAGAGAACCUGUAGAGGCAUAACAUUGCAAGUAUAUGUGAUAUUUUACAUUAAAAGCAAAACAGAUGUGUAUGUUGCUUCAUGAGAACUGCUAGUGCAUGACUCAUUUUGCUCUGUAAACCAUGUGAUUUCAACCACAGCCCCACAAUACAGGCUUUCGUUCAUAUUUCAGAGUUACAUUUUAACUCAAAAGCAGUAUAUUGUCCGAAAUGUUUUGCAAGCACAUGAUCGAAAAAGAUUUCUCUCUGGUAGACAAACUACAUAAUGGCGACAGUUUCUUAGAUAGCCUACCUCAAACAUAACUUUUGCAUUGUUGUGCUAGAAAUGUCUCUUUUCUUAAUCACAUGGUUCCUACAGCUUAAGGCAAUUAAGAAUUUGAAAGGCACUCAGAACAAAAUUCAUGACCAACUUUAAAAUAACCAAAACAAGCUGAUGAGAGAUGUGUGAUUGGUGUUUGGUCCUUGUGUUAAGACACCACAUUAUCUGUUUUCAGUGUAUGUGAGAUGCAUUGGGAAGAUUAUUUAUAAAUAGAUCAGAGAUUUUAACUCGAAAUGUCUAAAAUAUAUAUUUAUAGUAUCCUACUUACAUUGGCUUUUCAAAGAUUGAUUUAAGAUUAAUUUAAUUCCUUUUCAAAAGUGUUUAAGGAGGACCCUCUUGUGUAUUUUCUGUUUAAACGUUUUACACUUUGUCUGAAAUACUGAGCUGCUAUGUUAUAUGUGUAUAUUUCUCUAUUAAAUUACAGUUGUGCUUUUAUAAAAGCACAACUGUAAUUUAAUAAAGAGAAAUAUACUGAUGUGAACGACCUUGGUAAAAUGUUAAACAAAAACAUCUGUAAACAUGACAAAGGGCUAAUCGAGGACUAACGGCAACUAGCCGACCGUUACUUUUCAAAAAUAAACUCAGCAUUCAAGUGAA